AAUAAUGGUCGUUGAAAUUGAUAAGAGAAUUAUAGUUUUUAUUUCAUUGUGUAUUAUAGACACUGCUUCUGCCUACAAGAAUGAAGAAGACAUCGGAAAAAGCUUGAAAACAUUGUUACCAAAAUAUGGUCUUAAAAGAUCUGACAUAUUCAUAACUAGCAAGCUUGACACUGCUUCUGCCUACAAGAAUGAAGAAGACAUCGGAAAAAGCUUGAAAACAUUGUUACCAAAAUAUGGUCUUAAAAGAUCUGACAUAUUCAUAACUAGCAAGCUUGACACUGCUUCUGCCUACAAGAAUGAAGAAGACAUCGGAAAAAGCUUGAAAACAUUGUUACCAAAAUAUGGUCUUAAAAGAUCUGACAUAUUCAUAACUAGCAAGCUUGGCAAUUUUCAAUUUGCAUGUUAUGUCAUAGCAAAACCGCUCUGCAUUAAGUCUGUUUUUUGCAGUAAUUGGUGAAGAGAGGACACGUAUUCCUUAAUAGACAAGACGGUAAGCGUAAAUAAUUGCAAGGAUCUAGCUACAACAAUAACUGUAAAACGGGAAGACGGUUUUUUACUUCUGUACGGUAACUGCUCGAUGGAAAUUCCAAUCUGAAGACAGUUUGUUGUAACCAUAUUUUUAUAUUUGUUUAAAGCUCUAAAUGUCAUUUGUCUAAAAGUGUGUUAAAAUGCAAAGACUAUAGUCUCUAGCAUAAAAAAGUGCAAAAAUGGAAGGACUAUAGUCGUUCAUGUGAAAGUGUGUAAAAAUGCAAAGACUAUAGUCUUUUGUAAAAGUGUGUAAAAU